GUACAUGUCGUUAUUUGACAGACGCCUUCGUUGUUAGCUCUAUUUGAGAAGCUCGACAGAUGUACCUUGAGAAGCCCCCCAAAACUAGAAAUCGUCUGUCAGCGGGAAAUUUCGCAAUAACAUCGAUACAUCCAUUAUUAUCCCCAUUAUCCAAACCAAGCCAAACAAAUCAUCUACUAGAAAGCUCAUUAUGCCGAAGGAAGAUUGCAAAUAUUGGGAUAAGUGCUAUCAGAGAAAUGAACAGCAUUUACAAAAAUAUAAUCAUCCGGAGAAUAAGAAAUCACCACAAAAACUAGAUGGACCACCUAAACGCAGAUCUUCAGAAAUGGAGAGGGCCACUACGCCAACGCAGGAUAAAGAACAGCAGGCUGAAAAGGAUAAAUAUGAAACCGAGGAGCUGAGAAAAGAAGCGCUGGCAAAUAUCAGCGGUAAGGAUUAUAUGGCUAUCUUGCAAAAACGCAUUAAGCUAUCAGAACAACAAGAAUAUGACAAUUUACUUAAGAGCCACGAGUUUAUACGCCAUAAGUUCUUGGUGGAAAUGCCGCCAGAUUUCUAUGCCUUUUGGAAGUUUUUAGAGCAACUAAAGCCCAAUCUAAAGGGCGUGGAGAUUUUAGAGUAUCUUGAGAAAACCUUCCACCUUCUAGCCGUUGGACCAUUUGAAUUUUUGGCCGGACGUUUCAACAAAGCAAAGCUUCAUGAGCCUGGUGAUUACCUGAGGCACUGGCGAUUCUACUACGAUCCUCCAGAAUUUCAAACAGUCUUUGUGCUUAAGGGGACUGGGGUGCACUAUGGCUAUUGGCGUGAUGAUCCACAUGAUAAAGAUUCUUUGUUGCUGGCUCGCAAUGACUCGACCAAGAGCUGUGAAUUUGAAUUUGUAGCUGCCAAUGCUUUUGAUUGCUUUUUACACUUUUUGGAAAAAGACUUCAAAGGAUCUCCUUUCACAGCUGCAGCAGUGGCAAGCACCAAAAAAUCCUUGCAAAAGUUUAUUGAAACAAGUGAAUUUCAGCUGGAAGCCCUGGAAAAGGUACGCCGAAGUCGCAGUCUUAAAGUUAAUUGCAAAACGUUCCAUCGUGGUGGCAUAGUAGUGCCCUAUGAAUCUAAAACCGAGUUGGGUUAUAGGCCACUCUUAAUAAGCGAUGCAGAAUUAAAAAAAAUAUUGGAUUUGUUUAAAGCGGGUGGUUCGUCUGCGGAUGAUCCAAAUGAUGACGUUAAAAAUGCAGUUAUGGAAAAAUUGCAACCUAUAGCUACAGCAGCCAGUAUAGCAGUAGAUGAGUGCGAUUUUGGAACGGCUUUAGAACUGGGCAUUGAUUUAUUUUGUAGUGGCUAUACGCAAUUGCACAAGUUGCUAAGUACAUUGCUGGUGCAGGCUUACUCUUUGCUGCAUCGCCCUCAGUUUAUUGCCAUAUUAAAAGCACAUUUGGAACAAAGGUCUAAGGGACUAAAUUUGAGUAUUUUUGAUUUAGAUAAAUAAACUGUUUUUGUUAUUUUUAAUAAAAUUGAAUUUUUUUAUAAAAUACCAGAAAUUGUACCGUAA